AUGCGGUUCUCUCUGUCUGUUCUCUCCCUGGUGGUGUCUUUGUCGUCGUCUUGGGCCCUGGGAACUGUGCAGCCUGUGGUCCCUGAACCUCCCACCGAUUAUGCCACAUCCUUCUGCUCGAAAUAUUCCUACCAGACUAUAAGUUGCAAUCGGACCUACCACGGCCUUGACGCUUCCAUUCGAUAUGUAACUAACUCGAGUGUGUGCGAGGCGGACACCGUCCGUCAGCAUUCGGGAUAUGUCACUCACGGUGAUGGUAACGUACGGAAUCUCUUUUUCUGGUUCUUCGAGUCUCGCAGAGAUCCGAGCGCCGAUCCCAUCACCAUCUUCCUCAGCGGCGGUCCCGGAUCUGCAUCAUCGGCUCUUGCGACGCUUCAACAAUUCGGGGCCUGCAGGGUUGGUGGUUCCGAGUCCGAGGGCUUCUACCUCGUCACCAACCCUACAUCGUGGCAUAAUUACUCCAACAUGCUCUACAUUGACCACCCCGUCGGCGUGGGCUACAGUUACGUCUUCCUCGAAACCUUCCAGCAGUUCCGAUCCCACCGCUUCAACCUGUAUGGCAUCUCCUACGGAGGCAUAUUCGGGCCGCUCCUCGCAGACCACAUCCUCACGCAGAACUUCAUGAUCCAGCAUGGUUUUCUGAACGCACACCCUAUCAGGCUCAACUCACUGGUCGCCGUCAGCGGCUGGUUCGACGCGUCCAUCCAGUACAAGGCGGUCAUUGACUUUGCGCGGCAUAACACGUACGAACCCCUCAUAACCGACGCUACGCAUGCCGACCUCAUGCAAGUAUUCUCCGCGCGAGUCCUGCCCGGCCUACAGCGCUGCUCCCGCAUCGGAUCCACGGCGCAGUGCGCCUCCUCAGCGACCAACGAGCAAUUUCUCAUUCAGCAGGUGAGUCAGGGACUGGGAGCUGCGGCUGCCUCUUCGGAUUUCCACGAUAUCCGGCAGUUCCUCAAACGGAAGAAGAAGGGUCUUGGGAGGCCUGAUAAGUUUGACGCCGACGAUCCGCUGGAAAAGGUCUUCAACUCUCCAUGGGCCCGAGACGCCUUGGGGGCUGAGACGGAGUUUGAGCGUCUGGGAUAUGGGGAGGGAGAGACGUACAAGACGUUUCAAAAGCUGGGGGAUGCUAGCCGAUCAGUCCUAGACUCACUAUCGCAUCUAGUGAGCCGGGGGAUCAAAACGCUCAUAUGGUCAUCCGACGCAGACUGGCUUUGCAACUGGAUGGGGACGCUGGAAGUAGCACGCCGCCUCGAGCACGACGGCCGCCAGCAAUUCAGAAACCACCCGGCCCAGAAUUACACCGUCGACGGAGAAGCAGUCGGCCACGUGAGGACCGGUGGAAAUCUCACCUGGUUUCUUCAGCGGAAUACCGAUCAUUCUCUUCAUGGCGAACAGGCCAAAGCCGUGGCAUUGCAUGUCUUUAAGCAGAUGACGGAUCAGGGCGCACUUUUGUCAACACAAGAUGGUCGGUCCAGGCAUGUCACGGAGCAUAAGCAAAACAACGCCCACGACACUACGACCUUCGAAGAAGAUAGAGCCAUCAGCAGGCGUUCGUUCGUCUCCGGCAUUCCCAAUCUGGAGCCGAGUCGGUACGAGAUUCGGGUCGGAAUACGUUGUACGGUCCUACAGCGUAGACCGGUGGAAACCGGUAUUCACGGUGGGCCCUGGGGGUACACGGUGAGGAGUUUUCCCUCCAUCAACAACUUUACACGUACGACCGACCUCCAGUCUCGCCUCCCUCGCCCACCCCCACCGACUUAUCAUGGAUCCAUGGGGAAAUGGGAAAAUGGGUCCCUCCUUGUUUCCUUUCCGCUUUCCAGUUUCCCCUCACUUAGCCGUCAUGCAGCUGCCUCUUCAAGUCAAGCCGGGUUGGCCGCCAAGCUGCUCGGUAGUGCAGCUUAA